AUGUCGACACCACCUGCAACUGCGACAAGCCCAAAGAGUGCAAAGAGCGCAAAAAGUCCCGCAAAGAGCCCCUCGAAGAGCCCUACGCAGCAGGCAACGGUACCUGUGGAAAAUACCGGCGUUCUUGAGCCCGGGCACUGGCAACAACUCGCUGAGGAAGACGAUGGCUAUCAGGAUGAUGAUGCCCAUUCGCUGAGCGACGAGAGCCUCGCGUCUUCUACAGAAUCCGUUACCGCCAGCAUCUUUGAGUAUCGCAAGCUUCAUGGUAGGACAUACCAUCAUGAAAUCGGCAACGCACAAUAUUGGGCUGCCAACGAUGAGCGACAAAGUGAACUGCUUGAUUUGAACCAUCAUUGUCUCACUCUGGGUACUAAAGGAAAGCUUCACCUCGCGCCUAUUGAUACAAGCAGAAUCUCGAAAGCUCUUGACAUCGGAACAGGCACUGGCAUUUGGGCUAUAGAUUUCGCCGAUGAACAUCCCAACAUUGAAGUGAUUGGCACCGAUGUUUCUCCUAUUCAACCCUCUUGGGUUCCACCAAAUGUACAAUUUGAAAUUGAAGACUGCACCCGCGAGUGGACUUUUACACCCGAUUCUGCCGACUACAUCCAUAUCCGCUGGCUUGUCGGUGCUAUCCCGGACUGGUAUGCAUUCUUUAGCGAAGCUUAUAAGGCUUGCAAGCCAGGUGGUUGGGUCGAGACCCAUGAACCGUCAGCUAUCAUUACCAGUGACGACGACACCGUCAAGGAGAACUCGGCAUUAGACCAGUGGGGUAAGAUUUUUAUCGAGGGUGGUAAGAAGCUAGGGGUGAGCUUUGAAAUCUACGAACAAGAACUCCAGCGAAAGGCCAUGGAAGCCGCUGGCUUUGUUGACAUUCAGCAAUUCGAAUACAAGACCCCUAUCGGAGGUUGGCCCAAAGACUCAGAAAUAAAAGAGUUGGGCCAAUAUGGCAAGCUCGCGUUCCUCGCUGAUCCUGAAGGAUUUGUCCUCUUCGUUGCUAAUACGAUUGGCUGGAGCGAGUCUGAAAUCCAUGUCUUUCUAGCGCAGGCUCGGAGAGAAAUUCAUUCAGGCAAACAUCAUCCUUACUAUAAGCAGCGGGUUGUCUGGGGUCGCAAGCCUGAAGAGUAA